AUGUGGUGGGCAAGUGCAGAACAGCGACGCCAACAGAAGGAGCGUGUAAAGAUUAGGAUCAAGCAGACUAAAACUCUGGAGAAACGCGGAACAAAUCAGGAACAAACAGACCACAUCCAUAGAUCUCCAUCUAUAUCGCCGCCGAUGGUAGGAACAUAUGACUUCAGUCGACCGUCACUGCCUGAUGUCUAUGAUCCGUACGCAUCGCAUAUCCAACCGCCCGGAUACCCUCCUGCGGUCUACGCUCAACAGUAUGCUCCUUAUGAAGUUGACGUUCGGACAGAGCGACAAACGUUCGUUAACGAUGUUCCCUUUCGACAUGAUUCUUCCGUCUCGACGUUCAGCGCAAUGGGCCCUCCACAAUUACACAAUACUCUGCCCACUUUCCACAACGAUGACUGGUUGCAAGAAGAUUGCUUCAAUCAAGGUGGACCCUAUGGACCCCUGGACCCUUCCAUUUCUCAACAGCCCAUUGACACUUCUGCAACCUAUAUGCAUACUGCCAUCAUUCCCGUUGAAGAGCAUGAUCGACCUCUUCUGGAUCAUUUCAUCGAGAACGUGCUACGAAUGAUCUUUCCGAUUUUGGAGGUCCAUCAGCAAGGCCUGGCUCGCGCGAAGACUAUUUUGACCGCACUUGAAACAAACAAGUCUUACCUUCACUGCUGCUUGAGCGUUGCUGCCAUCCACCUUAAGUCUGCUGUUGGCCUCACUGAUGAACAAAUUGACCAUGAUAUUAUGCGACAUCGUUAUGAGGCUAUCGCACAACUUUGUCAAGCACUGAAUCAAGAUACCGAUCAUGAACAGAUCUUAGAUGCGACAUUGGCCAUGAUAUUCUUCCACUGCUCUGUUGGCAGUGUCAAAUCUGGUAAACAGGCUAGAGCUUCCUGGGUCUAUUUCCGCCCCGGCGUCAAUUCUUCAUCUGCCUCACCAUUCAGCAUGUCUUUGACAGCAUGGAUCGAUAUCCUUGGCGCUACAAUGAUUGGAAAGACUCCGCAGUUCGCACACAACUAUCGAACUAAGCACCUGAGUGGGACGUCGACUGGCCUGCGCGAGCUGAUGGGAUGCGAUGAUCGAAUUAUGUACCUCAUUUCCGAAAUCGCCUGCUUGGACUCUUUGAAAGCCGAGGGCCGUGUUGACGACAUUACUGUAUGCCACCAUGUGUCCGCACUUGGUGCCCAGCUAGAAUACACCGAGCCUGCAGACCCAACUUUAGCACACCCUUACGCGUGCAGUGGAGCAAUUCUACCAGAGCAAUUGACCAAGAACAUGAGCGCCAUCUUCCGCCUCGCAGCGCGCCUCUAUCUUUGCAGCAUUGUCCCUGGCUUUGAUCGCAGCCAGCACAGUGCUAUCUCCCUCAUCUCCAGCAUCACAAGCGCUUUACAAUUUAUUCCGGCAGGCCCGUACGGUUUUGAUCGCUCGCUAGUCUGGCCAUUGCUCAUAGCAGGCAGCUUUUCCACACCGGACAGCGAGUUCCGCACUGUUCUCGCAGAGCGAGCAGCCGCACUCGGAGAAAUUGGUGACUUCGGCAGUUUCAGUCGCAUGUACCGUUUAAUCCAAGAGGUGUGGAGGCUGUCCGACGAGACAUCGGAGGGUGAACAGCAGUCCUUCAAGCAAGAGGAUUCUCCCUCCGGACCUGGUUCCAACGGGAUGAGAGCACUUAAAAAGCAAAGCACCCAUUGGCGCGAGAUCAUGACUCGCAACGACUGGCGAUAUUUGCUGAUCUAA